AUGCGCAAUGCAGAUGGCGCCUGCGACGGCAAGCCGGCGGCCUCGGGCUUCACGGCUCGCUUCUUCCCGUCUGGCCUUCGCGCUCAGUACUGGGACGGAGCUCUCGCCAUCUUCCUGCUUUUCAUGAUGCAGAUCAUCAUCUACGCCCUCGGCUUCGUCUCGAUCUUCCUUGGAGGAUUCUCCGCCGCCAUCAUGGGAAUGAUGCUAUUGGCGGUCACGAUUGGACUGGUCGACUGGGCGGUGCGUCGUUUUCGCGGCUCCGAGGCCGUUGGUGUGUUUUAUCACAAGUAUCUCAAAGGCCCGACCGACCUGCUCAACAAGCACAUGUCUGUCGGCUUCACUGUGCCUUUUGUUCAAAUCUUCCGAAACAAGCCGGCCAGUUCUCUGGAGAUUGGCUUGAUCACUGCCAUGUUUGUUCUCAUGGGUGUGCUCUCUCCCGUGCUGGUGUACUACUUGUCAUAUGCCAUUCACACUUGCUCACUACGCUUCGGCUUUGGGAGACAUAAAAAGAGUAAGAGGGCUACCAACCCGGCCGGCCAACGCUCGGCAAACCUACCUCGGUCCAAAAACCGGCAGAACGACAACAAGUCACUCCCGACGUCUCUGCUGCUGCCGUCUUCUGUAGAGCAGGUGCGGCAAAUCCCGUUGAAGAGGUUCUCUGACCAGUCCACGCUCAUGGGGAGCUCGACGGUCACCGUGGCUGGCAACAGCUCUGGGAUCCAAAGCCAGUCGACGUUGGUCAGUGCCAGGUCAAAGAACAGACAGGCGCUCAACUCAUGCGAGCAUCUGCCCAAGUCCCGGGAGGUCGUCAACUGGAUCCUGCGCAACCCAUGUCUCGUCAUCUGCAUCGUCUCGAUCCCCAUCUCAAUCGGGGUGGCCGCCAGCACCGGAAUAACAGUCUUCGCUGAUACGUCCGUCCUGCUCGGGACGUGGAUGACGACGCUGGCCCUGCAGGCCAGGGCGCGGACGUCGGCGCGGCUCAAGACCAUGCCGCGGCGCCGCACCGCGCUCGUCGUCGGCCUCAACCCGGUCCUCAUCACCGCGGGCGUCAUGAUCGCCUACGUCCAGGCCAAGCACGCCGUGCUCCGAUCCAGCGUGCUCGCCGUCCUCGACACCUUCCAGUCCGGCCUGACCUUCGCCGGCUUCCUCAUGGACCGCACCGCGCACGACGCCGUCUUCUCGCACAUGACGGCAGGCGUGCCCUUCAGCGUCCUCGCCUCCUCCCGCAGCCGCACCGGCGUCACCGGCGGCGGCGGCGGCGGCAGCUCAGCGCCGUGCAUGGGCGCUGGAGACAUCGCCCUAACGAUCCUGGAGUCGGGCCUCGUCGCCUGGGGCCUCAAGCUCUUCGAGUACCGGCGCGCUCUGGUCUCGCACGCCGGGCUGGUGGUCCUGGUGGCCUCCGCCACCGCGGCCGGCUUGACCGUCGUGCUCGGCCCGCUGCUGGCGCACGCCGCGGGGCUCGCCGGGGCGCAGAGCAUCGCGUUCGCCGUGCGCAGCGUCACGCUUGCUCUGGGCACGCCCGUCAUGGUCAAGCUGGGCGGCGACGUCGGCGUCAACGCGGCAAUGGUGGUGUUCAACGGCAUCGUCUUCCAGAUGGCCAUGGGUCUCGGCCUCGUGGGUUGGAUCAUUGGCACGGCGGAGCGGUGCUGCGCUUGGGUCUUGGCGAGCAUUGCGCUUCGCGGCGAGGCGGCGCAGCUUGAUCUUGAGCUUGGCAACGAGUCGUCAGAGCUCACGCCUAGUCUGAAUCGGUUUGCUCGGCGCGUCGCCGACGGCACUCGGGCUGCCGGCAGUGGCGACGGGGACGAGUCGCCUCCUUCGCCUCCGCAGACGGCUGCCCGUCGACCUCAGCAUGAAUCCCACUGUAUAGUCGCGGGGGACAACUGCCCAGGUGAGCAGUGCCAGUGCCGCCAGCCGCACCAGAGACAGCCGUCUGCCGCAUCCUCCUCCUCCGCCAUGAUGCUGGAGGCGGUUGACGUCAACCCGCACUCUGCUCUCCGACCAGACGCCAAGCGCCUGCCGUGGUCGGCAGCUCGUCAACAGCAAGCAUGCCCGCCACAGACAUCCUCAUCCACCGUCGACACCCGGAACAGCGACGCCGCGAAUCGAGGCCCAGAGGACUCCCGCACCGUCGCUGUGGGCAUCACGGUCGGCAUCAAUGCGGCCGCCAUGGGGACGUCGUACCUCUACGAGCAGGGCAGCCGGGCCGCGCCCUACUCGGCGCUCGCCAUGACCCUCUUUGGCGUCAUGACCGUCAUCUUCACUUCCAUCACGCCGCUGACCGCGUGGCUGUUGGCGCAGGUUGGGCUGGCUGCGGCUGCGCCGUAA